AUGGUAUCCGGGUGGUGGUUCUUGCUCGGUGUCUUGUGCUUCUCGACUCUCGUCACGCCUGCCGUUCAGGAGAUCAAGGAGGAGUACAGGCUGCGGCGACCGACUCACACGGCAUGCAGGGCUCCCAACAAGAACUGCAAAAUUGCGAAAAGCGGAGUAAGCCCGUCGGACAGGCUCCUCAUCCUGAAGACCCACAACGACUUCCGCAGCAUGGUGGCUCUGGGCAAGCUCAAGGGCUUCCCGCCGGCUGCCGACAUGCGCAAACUCGAGUGGGACGCCGAGCUGGCAUCUGUGGCCCAGAACCUGGCCUUCCGGGGCCGCAAUUUCCCCUUCCUGGAGAACGACUGGUCCGGCCGCGUCAGAGAGUGGUUCAUCGAGCACGCCGACUUCUCGCCGGAGCGACGUCAAAGCUUCCGCGUACUCGCUCAAGACCGACGAAAGCCGACGGGCCACUUCACCCAGCUCGUGUGGGCCGAUACGAGCUACGUGGGCUGCGGAUUCGUCGAGUACAGCGUGGCGAACGCGAACCGCCUGCCGUAG